AUGGGUGCUUUAAUAUCAUUGCCAAUAACUGCCACAACUACUUUUGUAUCAUCCUUUCUAGGAUCGACUAUUUCAAACUUAUUUCAUUCAAUAUUUGCUUCCAACAUUUUGGGAGCAAGGUUAAUAUAUGCUCUAUUAUUAAUAUUAAAUUCGGUAGUUUCAUGGGUAUCCAUGUCAACAAACCAUUCCAUUUUAUACCCCUCAAAAACUUGUCAAGGUUUAGAAUGUGGUGUUUUUUCAGUUUAUAGAUUAAAUUUUUCAUUAGGUUUAUUGCAUUUAAUUUUAUUUUUGGUCCUGCUCAUUCCAGGAAAUGGCAACAGUGGUGGCAGUGGUGGAGCAUCAUUUUACAAAAUGAAAUUACAAAACUCUUUAUGGUCAUUAAAAAUAAUUAUUUGGGGUUUCACAUUGUUUAGUUCAUUUAAAUGGAUGAAUAAUGACUUUUUCAUUUCUUUUGCAAAAUAUAUUAGUAUUCCCAGUGGGACUCUGUUUAAUUUGAUUGGAUUGGUGCUACUCGUAGAUUUUGCUUACGAGUUUGCAGAGGUUUGUUUAUCCAAUAUCGAAAAAGAUGAUGAAACAAGUUCAUUCUGGAAGAAAUUGUUGGUUUGCGGUACAGCAUCGAUGUAUGUGUCUACCUUGAUUAUGACGGUUGCCAUUUUUGUUGUUUUCAAUGGGGAAGAUUGUAAUAUGAAUAAAACGGCAUCAAUUAUAAAUGUAAUUUUGAAUAUCUUGGUUUCUGUAAUUUCUGUUAUGCCCAAGGUCCAGGAAUAUAAUUCUAAGUGUGGAUUGGCUCAAAGUGCAAUAGUUAGUUUAUAUUGUACUUAUUUAACACUAAGUGCAAUGGUUAGUGAGCCGGAUGAUAAAAGAUGUAACCCAUUAAUCAGAUCGGCCGGUACCAGAAGAGCCAGUGUUAUUUUGGGCGCAAUUUUUACUUUUGUUGCAAUUGCAUACACUACUACCAGAGUAGCAGCUACAUCGAUGUUUACAGCUGGUAACUCUCAUAAUUCAGGUAUUUAUUUAGGUGGUGAUGAUAAUGAUUUGUUAUAUUCUGCUAAUGAGCGUAAUGAAUUGAGGGUUCAGGCUUUAAGGGAUGCAGUUGCUGAAGGUUCGCUACCUGAAAGUGUAUUACAUGAUAUGGAAGUGGGAAACACUGAAGAACAAAAUAACUCUGUUGGUGAAAAUGGAUCAUCUUAUGACUAUUGUUUAUUCCAUGUGAUAUUUUUUUUGGCUACUCAAUGGAUAUCCAUAUUGUUAACUGUUAACGUUCAACAAAAUGAUAAUGGUGAUUUCAUUCCCGUGGGCAGAACAUAUUUUUAUUCUUGGGUUAAAAUAAUAAGUGCUUGGGUCUGUUAUGGUCUAUAUAUAUGGAGCAUGAUUGCGCCAAUGUUAAUGCCAGAUAGAUUUGAUUAUGAUUCUGAUUAA